AUGACAAGUCCCCACCUCAAGACACUCAAAACCAACGUCCCGAGCGAGUACGCCACUUCCGCCAGGGUGCGGCAGUGGCUGCUCGAGCACCUCCAGAACCGCAACGUCCAACUAAAAGACGGCCCCAAAGCCUUCGUCUGUCAGUGGAAUGGCGCCGAGCUUCACUCGCUGCACCCGAACCACAUCUUCGGCUCCUUCAUCUCCCAGGGUGUUGCCUCAGAAACGGCUCACCAUGUCGUUGGCGACGUGAUGGAGUGUCUCCAGGACUAUCGGAAUAGACGCGCGGCCUGCGUGGCGGCCGGCCAAGUAUGGUUUCCCGAUCCGGAGCCGGAGUCGCAGCCAAGUCCGAAACAGAGUCCCAGCCAGGAGCAGCGCCAGCGUCUACUCCGCGAAGAUUGCGAAGUACUUUUGGAGCAGCCCGAGUCUUCUCAAAGCUGGUAUUCCUCAUUAACCAGUGCCAAGGGGGGUUUCCUCGCUGCCGGGCUCUCCCUUGCUGUUGGACUCGGUGUCAUGACGUGGUGGUUGGUCAGCCCCCCGGCUCGGAAAGAGGUAGACAAAUAG